AUGGCCGCGAGAGUUAUCCGCGCACCAGAGAGUUUCUUCGAGGCUCCGGAAAGGUACACAGUCCCUUCCGCCUCGGCAAUUCACUAUCAGCGUUCCACAUGUUACCCUGACGGCGAUUACUACCCCGCCGCGCAUCCUGCAGCGAAUCCCGCAGUUCGGCAGUGUGGCUCGGCGACUCAACCUCGUUUCAUCGCGCCGCCUCUCGACGCCAACUGCCUCCAAUCUCCGUCGACGUUCGAUUGGUCUCUGUCAACUUUUGACGGAUCUCCGUCAGCCCUUGACGAUUAUUCGUUCGACGCGGAAAAUCUAGCCAUCGAGGCAUUCCAAAACACAUCUCCGCACUCGUUUUUACCAAGUUACGCCAGCCACGACUUCGCCGAGCGCGUCGCCGACGGGUUCGAGGAUCCCGCGCGCCACCGCUAUCCCUCCGCGGCGUCGUGGAGCGGCGGAAACUUCAACGCGGCUCCGUUUCUGCAGAAACCUUCCGCCAGCCGCCGCGCCCACCGCCCCUCCCGCGCCUCCUGCGUCUCCCGCGCCUCCCCCCGUGGCUCUUGCGUCGUUCCCGUCACCUCCGCCCGCGAUUGUGCGGCGGAAACGACACACUUCGGCGACGCUGUCGCACGUCGACGGGACGGUUGCGUCGCCGCCCACAGCCCAACCCCGGAGGUUUCCGCGGCGGCGUGCGCGCGUGGGAUGAUCGUGCAAGCGGCGGGCGCGCGGCGACGUCCCGCCAUCGGCAUAAAAAAGCUCCGCGAGUUGGAGGCCGCGAAGCAGAGAACCGCCAAUCAAGCGGCGUCCGCGGUGGCGCAGGCGCACGCGCGGGUGGCAACGGCGGCGGAAUCAAAUGCGGUGGCUGUGGCGCAAGAGGAUGCGGUGGCGGAGACAACUGCGGGGACGGCGGCAGAGGAGGUGCCGCAGUUGCGCGCGACGCGCACCGUUCGACGGCCGUUACAACCAGCGAGGAGCAACUCCACGCCGCCGGAAGUGACGGAAAUGGCGGCGAUGGUGGCGAUUGGGCGGGGGAGGACAGCCGGCGGCACGGAAGCAGCGCGCAGCGGCGGCGACGGCGACGAUUCGGGGGAGCCAGCGGGGGUCGGGGGAACCGCGACGAUGAAUACGACAACGACGUGCAUGGGCCACAUGGGAAGCAGUUUCCGGGCGAACCGGGAGGAGCGAGCCGCGAUUCUCGGGCUCCAUUCCACGUCAGCGCCUCCCGAGUUGGGCGCGUACGAUAAUCGCCGCGAUUCCCGGCUCAGCGCAUCGAACUGUCGCGGAGUCCCCGCGAUGUUCCCUCCUCCCGUCGCACGCCGUCCGUCGCUCGAGUCGCUCGAGUCAGUCGCACAACAGGCGAGCAGCUCCCGCUCUCCUAGUCAGUCGCCGUCGGUCCCCGUUACAAGCACCACUACACCGUCAUUCGUCGCAGCCGUUCGCCGAACCGUUCGCGAAUUCGUCACCGCAGCGAUUUUCCGAGGACCAUUUACGUCCGGUCCCUGCGCGCACCGCGAGCGACUUCAGUGA